CCCGCAGCCCACCGGGCCACGGCGGAGGACAGAGCCCCGGCAGCCGCCCCGGGAUGGACAGGAACACCGGCGCCUGCGGCACAGAGAGUCAGCACAGGAGCCCCCAUGGGGAGGUGGAAAAUAAGCAUGAGGAGAAGGUCCAGGAUCCUGACAGAACAGAGGACAAGAGCAGGGCAGAGAUGGGGAGCAAAACCUGGGCAGAGCUGGCUGGGGAGAUGAAGAUCUUCCUGUGGAACCCGGAGGAGAGAACAUGCCUGGGGAGAACAGCCAAGAGCUGGGGCCUGGUUUUACUGUUUUAUUUGAUUUUCUACACGUGCCUGGCAGGAAUGUUUGCCUUUUGCCUGUAUGUGAUGCUGCUCACGCUGAGCCCCUACACCCCCAGGUAUCGGGACCGUGUGUCUCCACCAGGAGUAAUGAUCAGACCAUACUUGAACGGGUUCACCAUUGCCUUCAACGUCUCCCAGCCCAGCACGUGGCAGCCCUAUGUGGACAGCAUGCACCACUUCCUAGCAGCUUACGAUGACAAAGUUCAAGAGGAGAAGAAUAUUGAGUGUGUCCCAGGACAGUAUUUCAUCCAAGGGGGAGCUGAAAGCGAGGAGAAGAAAUCCUGCCAGUUCAAACGCUCACUGCUGCAGAACUGCUCUGGCAUUGAGGACCCAACUUUUGGCUACUCUAGAGGCCAGCCCUGCAUCCUGCUGAAGAUGAACCGGAUCAUAGGCUACCGCCCUGGUGCGGGGGUCCCCGUGAGUGUGGACUGCAAAGUGCAGAAGGGCAAUGAGAGUGAUCUCAGAUCAGUGGACUUCUACCCUGGAAAUGGGACAUUUGAUCUCAUGUAUUAUCCCUACUAUGGCAAGUUCACUCACGUCAACUACACCUCCCCACUGGUGGCCAUGCACUUCACAGAUGUGAAGAGGAAUUUUUCAGUCCCAAUUCAGUGCAGUCUGAAUGGGAAAGGAAUCAUCAAUGACCUGAACAGCGACCGCUUCCUGGGACGAAUCAUUUUCAUCCUCAGAAUUGGAAAGUAGCCACCACACAUGCUGGGCACUUAGGUUAAGUCAAUCAGAGGCUUUUUCCUUUUUAAAGCACUAAGCCAGCAAUUUUUCUGCUAGGAAAAAACAGGCACGUGAAGAUUUUUGCUAAUUUAUUUUUGUCCAUAGCUAGGCAACAAAUGAAAUUCAAUGGAGAGUGGAGCCACAUUUUUCAUAAUCUAAUGUAAAGCAUUACUAGCGAAAUUAAAUGUUAUCUUCUGGGCAGAGACCCUGCAAAAGCAUU